CAAUAGCAAGCUGUCCUGUUUUCGGCCAUCACCAACAAGCCAUCAGCAUGAGGACGAGUCUUUGAUAAGCUGUUCUUUCAGCCCAUAAUCGAUGUGCAUAUGAAAGGAAGUGGUAAACAUUCACCCAUAGCUUUGUCUUUGACCACAUCUACCUGGGUUGGCUUUGGAAUUGCUGCUACACGCACGGGUAUCUCGCACCAUGCUAGAACGGUGAACAAGGAUUCUGUUCCAGGCAAAAUGCUUUCCAUACUCCGCAAGGCUCGCUUGAAGGACAAGGAGAUGCGCAUCUUGAUGCUGGGACUGGACAAUGCUGGCAAAACAACCAUAGUCAAAAAAGUCAUGAAUGAAGAUGUCAACAGAGUCAGUCCGACGCUCGGCUUCAUCAUCAAAACCAUUGACUUCCAAGGCUACAAGCUCAACAUCUGGGACGUGGGAGGCCAAAAAACAAUCAGAUCCUACUGGAGAAACUAUUUUGAAAAGACCGACGCACUCAUCUGGGUGGUCGACGCCACUGACCGGCUACGCAUGGACGACUGCAAGGCAGAGUUGAAGGGUUUAUUGAUGGAGGAGCGCUUGGCCGGUGCAAGUCUGCUGGUGUUUCUCAACAAGACCGACGUGGCAGGUGGCAUGAGCGAGGAAGAGGUCACGAAGGCACUCGAGCUCGACAGGAUCUUGACUCAUCGGUGGGUUGUGGUGCCUUGUAGUGCCAUGACGGGAAGAAACUUGGAGAAAGGGUUGGACUGGGUGGUUCAGGAUGCCAGAGACCGGCUGUUCUUGUAUUGAUAUCGACGACUGUGGGAGAUGAUGCACUCAUCAUCAGUAGAAAGGAGGUAUUCAAAUCAUAUUCACCGAAGACGCCAUGUCUGAGAAAUGCGAAACAAGCGCUUGGGAGGCGCAUGGGUCCCCUG